AUGCUGGAACCGCCGCCGCCGCCGCUGGUCGACGGCGGCGGGGCCGAGGGCGGCGGCGGCGGCGGCGGCGGGUCCGCCUUGUACCCGGCGGCGGACGAAGAGGCCGCGGCCGAGGGCACCCGUGCGCAGGCCUUCGCGCUGUGGCUGACGGGCGGCGGGCAGGAGGUCGCGAUGAAGGAGGGGUUCGAGCGGGCGACGGAGCGGUCGUACACCCUCAUCCCCCACGUCUCGAGCGUUGAGGGGCUGACGGCCGCGCUUUCCCGGGCGGAACUCGCGGCGAACGGCGGCGGCUACGGCUACGGCGCCGCCGCCAGCGGCCCCGGGUCUUCAGCCUUGUCUAGGCUGGGUAGCGGCGUCGGGGGCGCGCUUGGGGCUCUGGCGGCGGGGCCCAACCGCAAGACUAUCACGGUGGACCGAGCUAUUCAACGCGCUGACAUGAUAGCGCGCACGUACGAGCGAGUGGCCACGUCACACGGCAGGUGGGUCUGGACGGGGGCCGACGACUUGGCGUGGGCCUCGAGGAGGUGGAGGGUGCAGCUCUCCGGGUUGCGGGGCAAGGUCUCGCUGUGGGAAGGCGGCCUGUUCGGCCGCUUGAUGUGUAGCCCGGAAGCGAUCACGGCGCUCAGGCCAGGCACCGACGGCGGGCAAGAUGGAGUCGAUGGGGAGAGGUACAAGCUCGACAUGGACGAAGGACCGGAACGCUCGAGGCUGCAACUGCGGCCCAACCGCGACUUCUACGACACCUACGAAGUCAUGGCCCCAGCGCUCCCGGCCGCCUCCACGGCAGCACCCGCUGCCGCUGGUGUCGCCCAGGAAGCAGCAGCAGCAGCGGACACCCAAGGAGCGCCUUCGUCGUCGGCUGCUGCGAUGGCGACCACGGAUAAUGAGCCUUCCGCAAGCGUGGCGGCGGUGGCGGCGGCGGCCACGGCGGCGGCUGUAGUGACAUCACCCAUCGUCCCGUCGGUUGCGGCCGGGGCCGGGAACGAGGUGUCGCCUCCUGCGGCGGGAAGCGCGGGAGCUGCAGCCGUGGCAGCAGCGAAGAGCCCCGACCGACCGGUGCCGCCGCCACUAUCACCGAGCACCAACGUGGCUAGCGUCGGCAAGAGCGUGGUGCGCGGAGGCGGGCAGGUGGCGGACAUCGCGGCGCUCGUGAGGUCGAUGAGCGUGUCGGUUGGGGUCGGGGGAAAGGGAGGGCCGAAGCGAAAGCAACAGCUGACGAGCGUGUUCGAUCUCGAUGACACCGACUGCUCGGCGCUGCUGGAGCUAGAAGAGCUGCGCCUGGAGGUGGAGGAUGCCCCUGACGGGGCAGAAGAUGAGUCAUUCCGCCAACCGAGCGACAGCACGGACGCGGACCUGCGAAGCCCGGUCGACAACGCCGACAGGCUCUCGCCUUCCCUAGGCUCAGAAGGCGCGCGACAAGUCCCGCCGACCCCUGCGUCGCAGUCCGAGGGGGGAAGCAUCGCAGAAGUGGGGGACGGGGAGAUAGGAGCGGCGGCACGCAGGGCGGGGGUGGAGCACGGGGGCAGGGAUAGGUCCCCCGGUAGAGGGUUUAGUCUCGGCGAGUCUGACCUCAUGGACGGCGACACAUCGGAGAUGUCGGCGCUCGACGACGACCACACGGUUCACGGGUCCGAGAUUUCGGGGCUCGACGCACAGGACAUGGACGAAGCGGACGAGGAGAGCGGUGAAGGCGGCGGCGGUAGCGGCGGCGUGUGUCCCGCCGGUAGCAGUGUCGCCGGCAGGGGUCGCAGCCCGCGCAGAGCCACCGCCCAGAAAGAAAGCGGUAGCGCUGGCGAAGGCGGUGUUGGUGGCGCCCGUGCGGCCGAGCUGAAGCAGGGCCACGGCCGCGAUUCUAUGGAGCCGCCAGAAGCGUCUGGCGAUGGCCUCGGCGGUACCACAGAAGCGCCCACGUCUUCGGGGGUUGGCUCCACUACCACCGCCACCGCGAUGUCGACAGCAACAACACCGGCCGCACCAGCGGGGCCGGGCACGCUGGCCCGAAAGGAGGGCUGGUCGGACCGGGAGCUGCUGCAGGGCCUGAUGAAGCCGGAGGACAACCCGGCGAUCGCCGCCCACGACCGGUUCGCGCUGGACCACGUCCACGCCGUGUACAAGCGGCGGUACCAGCUGCGGGACUGUGGGCUGGAGAUCUUCGACGUGCUCGGGAGGAGCAUCCUGGUCUCGUUCGCGGCGAGGGUGCAGCAGGAGGAGGUGCUGACCUUCCUGCUGGCGCGAGGGCUCCCCGCCAGCAUCUUCGCGAAGGGGAAGCACAAGCUUCGGCUGGCAUCGGGCUCGUCGCACGCGCAGGCCCGGGCGGCGUACAAGAAGUUCAUGCAGGCCGAGCGUAUCAGCUGGACCAAGAAGUGGCAGUCGGGAAGGUGCACGAACUUCGCCUACCUCAUGGCGCUCAACACCCUGGCGGGCCGUUCGUUCAACGACCUCACCCAGUACCCAGUGUUUCCUUGGGUCCUGUGCGACUACGUGUCGGAGGAGCUGGACCUAGAAAACCCGAGGGUGUACCGCGACCUCUCCAAGCCGAUGGGAGCCAUCGGCGAGACUCGCGCCCGGCAGUUUAGAGAGCGCUACGAGGCCGUGAUAGAGGCUGCCGAGGAGACCGGUCAAGACCCAAACCCGCCCCCGUUCCACUACGGUACCCACUACAGCUGCGCCGGCUACAUCCUGCACUACCUCCUCCGCCUCGAGCCUUUCACGAAGCUGGCCCUCGCGCUUCAGGGGGGUCGGUUUGACAAGGCCGACCGUCUAUUCCGCGACGUGCGGUCGAGUUGGGAGUCGGCCUCGAGAGAAAACUUGCAGGACGUCCGAGAGCUUACGCCAGAGUUCUUCAACCUCCCGGAGUUCUUGGUAAACUCGAACGAGUUCGACUUUGGGUUCACGCAGAAGGGCCAGGGGGUGCACGACGUCGUGCUCCCUCCGUGGGCGAAGGGCGACCCCGCCGAGUUCAUCAGGCUGCACCGCAAGGCGCUCGAGUCGCCGCACGUCAGCAAGAACCUGCACUCGUGGAUCGGGUUGAUCUUCGGCUGCAAGCAGCGUGGGCCGGAGGCCGUGGAAGCCCAGAAUGUGUUUGUCCAUUUGACCUACGAAGGAGAGGUCGACAUCGACUCCAUACAGGACCCCCUCCUGCGAGACGCGGCGCUGGCCCAGAUCCACAACUUCGGCCAGACGCCCUCGCUAGUCCUCAAGAAGGCCCACCCGCAGCGAGAACUUCCCCCCGUAGUGCGCAUCUCGGGCGCCGACGGCUCCCGCACGGCCGACCCCGCCGCGGUAGAGUGGCACACGACGCUGACGCCGCCCCUGUGCAUCGUGGGCGCCCCGGACGCUGUCGCCCUUCGACCCGUGGCGCUCUCGAAUAUCGGUAGCUCGUGGCAGUGCAACGUCGGUGGGGCCGUGGGGGUGGCAGGCGGGGCGGGCGUCGGGGACGCGCGCAUCAUCCGGGACAAGAUCGCCGGCGUCGGUGUCGGCGCGAUCAUGCUCCCCAAGUCCCCGGACAAGUACCUGCGCUUCGGCGGCCCCAGCCGCGGCGUGUCUUUCUUCCAGACCGCCGGAGGCGGCACCGCCUCCUCUUCCAAGGCCACGCCGGACCGGCUGCUGUCCUCGCACGAGUCGCUGCACCUCACAGCGGUAACGGCCGCGGCUUGCUCGGUGGACGGGAGCCUGCUGCUGACGGGGGCGCUGGACGGGACGUGCCGGCUGUGGAGCGUGGUCACGCUGCAGAGCCGGUCUUCGGGGCUGGGACAGGUGUCGAGGAUGCUGGAUCUGGCGGCCUCUCUGGGUCGGCACGCGGGCCCUGUGACUUGCGCCACCGUGUGCAUGGGUAGCGGGAGCGCGGUAACGGGAGGCGCGGAUGGAAAGGUGCUGGUUUGGGACAUCAGGAGAAAGAACUUUGUGCGCGAGCUCCCGGGCCACCGGAGCGGGAUUUCCUCGGUGGAGAUCAACAAGACGAACGGCAACGUCGUGACUCUUUCGGGGUCGGAGCUGAGAGUGUGGAACGUCAACGGGCGCCUCCUGGCGUCGUGCUCCGUGACGGCGCUGAGGCGGGGGGCCCCGCCGACGUGUGCCGUGUCGACGAAUUGCCCGGACUGGCAGGAAAUUUUUUGACCGAAGGACGGGGUGGUGGGGGCCCCCGGCCACGACAAGGGGGACGUUUUCCUGUGGGCCAUGGAGUGGGGGGAGGGGGGCAGGGAUUUUCGGGGCACGAAAUCCAGUUGCCGUUUUGACGGGGCUCACGGAGAUACCAGGGACACGAGAGCCGGGGGGGGGGGGGGGGGCGUGCGGCCCCUAAAGUUCCAGGGAGUGUUGAGGGGUGCCCACCAGAAGGGCAUCACUUUUGUGGGGGUGUGCAGGGGAGGGAGGGAGAUGUUCGCCGGGGAUUCAUCGGGAGAGAUUUCGCGCUGGCAGUGCAUCCGGCUCGACCAGUUUUCUUUGGGGGAGCUGAACCAGCUGGUUUAGGCCUGGGCUGCUGUUGUUGCCCCCCCCCCCCGGGUUUCGGGGCGGUGGUGUUUUUAGCACGCGACCGUCUUACACAAGCCAGGGUUGAGAGAUGAUGUUGUUUGUGUGCAUGUUAACACAGCGGGCCAGCUAAGAGUGUGUGGUAGGCCUGUGUCCCGUGAGUGUCACGCAGAAGACCCCGCCAAGAAUUUGUGGUAGGCCUGUUUUCCGUCAGUGUAGCCAAGCGGCGGUGUUUGUGUAGUGUCAGGGACGAGUUGGCAGCGACUUGUGGUCUGGUCUUGAUUGUUUGGCCGUCGUGAAUUAAUUUUGGCUCUGGUGUCCGAUACGGCCGACAGCCGACAGAGAGAGAGAGAGAUAUAGCGAGUGCCGCAAUUUGAUUGUGGCCUGGUCUGAAUUGUUUUGCCGUCGUGAAUUUUGGCUCUGGUGUCCGAUACAGCGGGCAUCCUACAGAGAGAUAUAUCGCGAGCGCCGCAAAUGACUGUGGUCUGAUCUGAAUUGUUUGGUCGUAUGCGGUGUCCGAUGCAGCCCACAGCCUACAGAGAAAUGCCGCGAGCAUGGAUGAUGUUGCUAUAACACGAGCGUUCUCCAGCCAUCCAGGCGAAGUCUGUCUCUCCGCGGAAAUCACGACGUCGUCAAGUUUGAAGUGCCCGCGGUUGAUUGUGGUCUGGUCUUAAUAUUUUGUCGCUAUUUUGGCUCCUGGGUCCGGUACUGCUGCCGACAGCCUACAAGAGAAAAAUCGCGAGCGUGGUGAGGUUUUUGUAGGGAGAUACGGCACAGGUGUUUGCCUCGGCGGUACUUGGGGGCUAAGCAAGGGGUGGUUCUGCUUUAUGGCGACGGUGCACCACCGUGUAAACGAGCGAUAGAGUAAGUGGGUAGGGUAAAGAGAGUGCCAGUAUUUUGUUGUGAUAUAUGUAGUGCUUUUAGAACUGUCGUGUUACUCUUUUGUCUGUUUUUUUUUUUUUCUGGGAGAAAUAUUGUCUCCAAGGGAUGUCGAUGGAGGUAUUAUAUGAAGGUAACCGCGAGGGCUGUCGAAGAGAAGUUCGCCCCAGUCAAGCGUUUUUGUUGUCGAGUAUGUCGGCGGAUAGUUGUGUUUCUGUUGCACGCAAGCGAGAAGAGGCCUUUUGUUUUCUUCGACACCAAGGAGAGAAGGUGUAGAAGGCAAACCAAGCCGGAUGGGGGAGGAUGGACUCUUGGUUCUCGCUUUGUUCCGUUUUCGCCUUUCGAUUUUUGGCGUGAGAGUGGCUAAUCCACUCGCCUCGCACCCCAAGCCUCAUCGGUAUUCUGACUCGAGGUACACGUGUGUUGCUCUAUGGCAAGUGUUUGCCACCAGGGCCCGCACACAUUUAGCACACGUGGCUUGGUGAGCGCUCGCCGAGUGUCUGGCUCUCAAACACUUGUGCAUCUUCACUUCCGGCGUUUAGCUGUUUGGAAAUCGGGACUUGGAUUGGGUUUGGCUGGCUUUCGUAAGGGAGUGUGAAACGACGGAAAUCGUCGUUCGUUCCGAUUGGGUUUGUUUGCAGACCCCGGCCGGCCUGUUUUGCUCUCAAGAAACGGCUGGCUUUGUUUUUCGGGGCGUUCGUAUUUUUUGUCUCUGUCCUGUCUUGUCUCGUCACGUAAAGGGAUGUGAAGUAGUAUUUGCUGCGUUGAUUGGUGUGUGAGAGGUGGGUAGAGCUGGUCGUGUGAAGUGGGGAAUUUGACGCGAGGUUCGGUUUUUAAAGCCUGUUGAGCGUAAUUUCGAUCCAUGUCCAAUUUGCGCGUCGGCAUGCACUCGGGAACACCCCCUCUCGUCUUGUCUUUGCUGUGUUUCUUCAAAUCGCAUUUCGCCCGCGUUAUGAGCCAGAAAAACGACGUCAG